AAUGAGCUCGGCCUUGGGAGCUGGUUUCAUUGCGAAAGCUCUCUCAAGCUGAUUGAUUAAGGACCAUCACCCCCCUUACGGUCGUCGUUGUUGGAGUCAUGCGAAACGUAGCAGUAGACAGCGCAGGCGGAUCCGCCAGCAAGAAAGGCCACAAGAAUGUGUUACUGAUCGUGGCCGACGACCUUGGACUCUACCUUGGCUGCUAUGGAACGCCGAAGAUCCAAACUCACGCCAUAGAUACGCUGGCCGACGAAGGAACCCGCUUUACUAAUGCAUUCGCUAGCACGGCGUCCUGUAGCGGUAGUCGAUCAACCAUCUACACAGGUCUCCACACGCACCAGAACGGACAGUACGGUCUGGAAGGAGGCCGCAACCAUUUCCAUACCUACGAAUGGGUCGAAACGGCGCCGCUACUCUUCAACACGCUCGGGUAUCAAACGGGCAUCAUUGGGAAAGUCCACGUGGGAAUCCCCAGCACCUACUCGUGGGAAGUGCGAGAGGAGAGCGACAGUCGGGACACCAGAUGGGUCUCGCAACGAGCCGCGGCCUUCUUCGACAAGGCUCUGGAAACUGAUCGACCAUUCCAUUUGACUAUUGGCUGGCGGGAUCCGCAUCGGGACAACACCAGAGAGGACUUUGGCAAUCAACGGCAGGAAGUGAUUGAUGCCGGCCUUCAGGGCCCCGGCUACAGCACCAAGGACGUGGAGAUCAAGGAGUACAUGACGGACUUGCCAGAGGUGCGCACGGAACUCGUGAAUUACUACAACUCCAUCACCCGCAUGGACUGGGGAACUGGUUGGAUUCUGGAAGCCCUCCAAAAACGAGGGCUGGACAAGAGCACGCUGGUCGUGUUCGUCAGCGACAAUGGCGCGCCCUUCAUCAACUCCAAAACGACAAUGUACGAGUCCGGCAUCCGUCUCCCCCUGAUCAUCCGGCAGCCUGGGCAAAAAGCCGGCGUGGUGAAUCCCAACAUGGUCUCCUUCCUCGACAUCCUUCCCACUUGCCUUGCCUGGGCCGGCCGCAAGGACGAUCUCAAGACACCCAUCUCCUACCGCUCCCCCAAACGCCUCGGCGACUCCAUCCUCCCCAUCCUUAACGCUUCCGAGAUCUUGCCCGCGCACAAAUGGAAGCAGCACGUCUUCGGCUCGCACACCUUCCAUGAAGUCUCCAAUUACUGGCCCACACGCUACCUGCGCACCCACCGCUACAAAUACCACCGCAACAUCGCGUACAAGCUCGAUUUCCCCUUUGCUGGCGACCUUUACUACUCUCUCUCGUGGGAGGGUUAUCGCAACCAAGACGGGCCGGUGAAGAUUGGCAAGCGUCCGCUGCAAGACUACAUCUUCCGCACGCCUGAAUCGCUGUACGAUCUGGAGAAGGAUCCAGAGGAAGUGCACAAUCUGGCUUACGAGGACGAGUACCAAGACUUGGUCAAAGAGUUUAGAGGCAAGAUGGAGGCGUGGCAAUAUGAGACGCGGGAUUCGUGGCUGUAUCGCGAUGGGAUUGCCGUGGUGACGCUGGAGCAUUUCAUGGAGUUGGGCUUGGAGGUGCCGGACCGGUGGGAGUUUGAUCCGAAGAACCCAGGCAGUAAGCAUGUGCCUAUCUGGCAUCCGCCGAAGAGCAAAUAGGAGCUGUGUUCGGAAGCCGUGAAGAGAAGGAGUCGGAACUGGCGGCGAAAUUUUCGUUAGGUUGAAAAGUCAUUGUUGAUAUACCACGAGAUGAUGUACAUCAACGACUCUCGUGUCCACGUAGCACGGUGCAUUGGAAUUUGCCUCGCUGGC